AUGCCCCGCAACGCGACCCUUACGGCCGACGACUCGGACAUCACGAUCCGCCUUAAACAUGGCGUCCACACCGUCUUCCUGUCUGCCAUGGUCGAAUGGUCUUUUUCCCGCGUCACCUCUGACCUUCUCGACAUACUGCGAGAACGUUACCCGCGUGGCCUAACCACAUCGAUUGCCCCGCCGAAAACCACACCUGUUCCUGCUUCAGACACCGAUGCGAAGGUCGUAUACGCGCUACCUAACAAUACCAACGACCUAUCGGAGGGAUGGUCGCGACUUCGCGUCAAAGGAACAGACACGCUAGCCGACAAGAGGCUGAAGGAUAUGUCCAUUCUCGCUUUUGCUCUGCUCGACCCGGAAGACAAAGACGACGAGGCCGACUUUGACGUCGAGCUACCUAUCUUGGAAGAAGAGGGGGCGUAA